ACUCAAACCACGAUAUACAUACACAAAAUGGCUAUCCAGACAGUCUUCCUCAAUUUCCCUUCGCCUCUCAGCUCCCUUCAACUCCAACUCCCCUCAACCACCCUCAUCUCUUCUCUUCCCGUCCCACCGACACUCGCCUCGUCUUCUUACCUGCGCACUGCAAGCUCUGGUCCUCUUUCCCUUUCUACUCCUCUUUCAGACCUCAUCCACGAAAAUGCCCCGAGUCACCCGAUUACUCUUCAUGUGAUUCCAAGGAUGCUCGGUGGUAAAGGUGGUUUUGGGUCACAAUUGCGAGCGGCCGGUGGUAGGAUGAGCUCGGGAAAGGCUACCAAUGUCGAUUCUUGCCGAGAUUUGUCUGGUAGAAGAUUGGGCACUAUUAAAGAAGCUCAGAGACAAGCUGAGCUUCUUGAAUCUGAACCCGCUCUUCGAGCUCAAGCUCAAGCGGCCGAGAAAGCCAAGCUGGAGGCUCUUGAGCGUAAACUCGGUAUCAACGCAGCCGAAUCUUCAGAAGACGGCUCCAAGCGAAAGAUUGAGGACGUUGAUUUGGCCGAAUUGGCAAGGAAGAAGCACAAGUUUGAGGAUAACAAGUUUUUGGAAGAGAGCCGCGAAAUUAAUGACAAUGUGAGGUCGGCCGUUUCUGCAGCUCUUCUUCUUAAGAAGAAGAAGAAGGCCAAGUCUGCUGGUAACGAGAAGGGCAAGGAGAAGGCCGUUGUGGAUGAGAAGACUGAGCAGGCGAAGAAGGCUGAGAAGGACAGAUUGGACAUGCCUCCGCCUGUGGCUGCUGGUGCAGCCACGACGGCCUAAGAAUCUAAACAUAACGACAUUUGUUGUAUGCGCUAGAGUAUGUAUAUUUGGUUGUUUUAUCUAACAUUGCGUUAUUUUAUUUGAAACCUUCUUGCACUGUACAAUCACAAAUGUAGCCAGA